AUGGUCAACUCGUGUUGUGGCUCUGUCUGCUCUGAGCAGAGCUGUGAAGAGAGCUGCUGCCGGCCCUCUUGCUGUGUGUCCAGCUGCUGCCGGCCUCAGUGUUGCCAGUCUGUGUGCUGCCAGCCCACCUGCUGCCGCCCCAGCUGUUGCCGCCCCAGCUGCUGUGUGUCCAGCUGCUGCCGCCCCAGCUGCUGUGUGUCCAGCUGCUGCCGCCCCAGCUGCUGUGGAUCCAGUUGCUGUGGUGGCUCCAGCUGCUGCCGCCCCUCUUGCUGCAUCUCUAGUGGUUGCCGCCCCUCUUGCUGCAUCUCCAGUUGCUGCCGCCCCACCUGUUGCCGCCCCUCUUGCUGCGGCUCCAGCUGUUGCCGCCCAUCCUGCUGCAUUUCCAGCUGCUGCCGCCCCUCUUGCUGUAGCUCCAGCUGCUGUGGCUCUCCCUGUGGUGGCUCCAGCUGCUGCCGCCCAUCCUGCUGCAUUUCCAGCUGCUGCCGCCCCUCUUGCUGUGGCUCCAGCUGCUGUAGCUCUCCCUGCGGUGGCUCCAGCUGCUGCAGACCCACCUGCUGCAUCUCUUCUAGCUGCUGUCGCCCCAUCUGCUGCCAGACCACCUGCUGCCGCCCUACCUGCUCCAGUGCCUCUUGCUGCUGA